GUUAGUUUCUGUUCCGUAUAAAAUAUUUCCUCACAAGCUUCGAAACCAUAGUUCGAACUGCAAAGAAUGGCGUGUAUAAAGACCACUACAUGUUUUUGUGUGUUAUUUCUUGCUCUGUUUUCACAAGUAGCGAAUGGGAUGACUGGGUGUUUGUAUGGAAAUAUCUGUGUUGACCCAGUUGAACCGCAUUGUUGUAUAAAAAACAAUGUUUGUCGGUCCAAUUGCAUUGGUGAACCUUGUACCUCAUUUAGCCAAUGUGCACCAGGGGAAUAUUGCUGUAAUGGAACAUGUACCUUAAGUACCUUAAAUUGUCCCUCUUGUUCCUCUCGUAGUGACUGCUCAUCGGGUAAAUAUUGUUGUGAUCUUGGUCAAAGUCCUAUUGGCAAAUGUGUUAGAUCUUGUAUUGGAAUGUCGUGUAAAGAUUAUUACGGCUGCGGAUCAUUUGAAGUCUGUUGUGAUCUCAGUCGAGGUCAAGGUAUUUGUGCUAGAUCUUGUGUUGGAAAAUCGUGUCAAACCGAUGACAGCUGUGGAUCAGGUGAAUAUUGUUGUGGUUCAAAUUUAAAAAAUAAAACAUGUGGCUCAAAUUGCAUUGGAGAAUUUUGUACCUCUCAUAACAGCGGCUGCGCAUCAGAUGAAUAUUGUUGUGAUCGUGGUGAAGGUGAUAUAUUUGGCAAAUGUGCUAGAUCGUGUAUUGGGAAAUCGUGCAAAGAUCAUUAUUUCACAUGCGGACCAGCUGGGGAAUAUUGUUGUGGUUCAAUUAAUAAAACAUGUGCCUUAAAUUGUAGUGGAGAAAUGUGUUCCUAUGAUGGCAACUGUAGUCCGGAUGGGCAUUGUUGUGAUCGUGGUCGAAGUCUUACUGGCAAAUGUGCUAGAUCUUGUAUUGGAAAAUCAUGUAAAGAUGAUCAGCAAUGCGGAACAGAUGAAUAUUGUUGUCGUUCUACUGAAACAUGUGCCUUCAAUUGUCUUGGAGAAAUUUGUUUCUCGCAUGAUGACUGUGCAUUUCAUGAAUCUUGUUGUGGUCGUGGUCCAAGUGGCAAAUGUGCGAGAUCUUGUAUUGGGCAAUCAUGUCAAAUGAACAGUGACUGCGCAUCAGGUGAAUCUUGUUGUGGUCUCUGGCAAGGUACUGCUACUUGUGCUACUUCUUGUCUUGGAGAAUCGUGUGAGCGGGGUCAACAUUGUGCACUGGGUCUAUUUUGUUGUGGUUCUAAUGACAAAAAAUGUCUCAAAAAUUGUACUGGUCAAUCCUGUAACUCGGAUAACAAUUGUUCUACUGGCCAAUGUUGUGAUCAUGAUAGGAAAUGUAAAAUAGGAGAUUGCAACACAGAAAGUGGAGUCAGUGGACGUGUUUGGCAUCUUGUAGUCGGCAUAGUUACUCCUUUGAUCAUUGUCGUCUUUCUGUUAGUGUUUUGUUAUUGUCGUAAGAUCAAAGCGACAGCCUCAAGACAUCCUGCUCAUGAUGGACAAACACAGUCUGCAACCUCAGGAACUACACUCCUUGCAAACCAGCAACAAGAACAAGAACAAGAACUACAAAUGUAUUCCCAAUCCCCACCACCAUAGCCCAAUCAACCCCCACACCCCAACCAACCCCCACCAUACCCCAAUGAACUACCACCACCAUACCCCAAUCAACCCCCACACCCCAACCAACCCCCGCCAAGCCCCAAUCAACCCCUACUAUACCCUAAUGACUCUUCACCUCCAUAGAAUGUAACUAAUUAUAUAGACUAUAUCUAUGUAACUAUGUCUAUGCACACAUAGAUAUAGAACUUGGAACUAGAAUUUUCCUCUUUGUAUGAUGUGAACUGCAGUGCAAUCAGUGGCAUUGAAAGGUGGGACUCUUAGAUUGGAAGGUUAUUUUUGUACACAAUUAAUUGUGAAAAUAACAUGUAAAACCGUCCCCAUUUCAAUGUUGCUGUGUGUUCUGGGAGAUCAGCAAUGCAAUACUGUACAACACAAAACUUCAAAUGAAAUGCCAAUUUUAGUCCAACAAAAUUGAACAGAGGGUAGGGCCUGAUGUUACAAUCUCAGCCUAACCGGUCCAUGGCUGUAGAAAGUAGGAAGCAAUGGAGUGACGCUACCUAGUCUAAAGGGGAACAUACUCCAAACCCAGUGGUGGAAAUUCACUUUUUCCAGUGUUGGGGGGGGGGGGAGGCAAAGCCUCCCAAAUUUCUGACAAACCUUCAAAUUUCUGACAAACCCCCCUAUUUGCAUUUGAAAACGUUGUUUUUAGCCCUCUUUUAGGUCAAAAUUUCUGAACAUUUGACAAUUUUCUGUAAAGGUGAGGGAGCGGUUGCCCCCUGCCCCACUGAGAUUUCUGCCACUGUCCAAACCAAAAUAUACACUUAUUGAGUAUAACUUGUGUAAUUUAAAACUGAGUUGAAAUAUGAAUUGUGGACUUGCUGGCUAACUCCAAAAAUCAUUUGGAGCUAAGUAUAACUCCAAAAAUCAUUUAGGAGCAGGUAUCUAAGCCUGGAGUUACUGGCUUACUCCAAAAAUCAGUUGGCGCUGUUAGCUCCAAAUGAUUUUUGAAGUAAGCCAGUAACUCCAGGCUUAGGUACCUAGCUUUUUCUUGAUUUUUGGAGUUAUACUUGAAGUAUAACUCCAAAAAGCAUGAAAAAGCUAAGGUAUCUACGCCUGGAGUUACUGGUUACCUACAAAAAUCAUUUGUAGCUAAUGCACUUGUCAAUUGUAACCCCCCAACCUCCCAACCCUGGGGAAAUGUGGUUAUGUGGGGACAAAGAUGAUACAUUUUAAAUAUAUCCAUACUUAACUAUUGCCCGAGCCUGUGAGACAGGUUGACCUGACUAAUCUUGUCUAAUCCCCCCAACCCAUCAGGGGCAAGAUAAAAGUAAUAUCAGUGAUGUACACGCGCAGGACAUUAAAUCUAAAUGCGUCUGCAAGUUAAAUAGUAUGUGCAUUCAGGAUUGAAAAAUGCAAUUUAUUGCAAAUACAGUAAUAUUGCUAUUCUGUGAGAAAAUAAAUUCAGAACUGAACAUGUAAUAAACUAUUUUGUCACAAAAAGUGAAACAAACAGAAUGUAGCACUUUUUUAUACAAACAAAAAAUUAUCUGACCAGGCUCCGCUCAACAGGACAAUCCUAGCCUGCGAGCGGGCUGUAUACAUUCCCACAUGAUGCCCCACAUACCAGGGUCGGGGAUUCAUAAGGGGAAAAUCCCCCACCUGGUCAGGUGUAACUAAAUGUCAAAAAAGGGAAAACGGCCCACAUGUCCCCACCUUUCCACGAGGUUGGUGAGGGGGAGGGGGGGGGGUGGUUACAAUUGACAAGUGCAUAAGUAUAACUCCGAACAUCAUGAGGAAGCCAGGUAUCUAAAUCUUGAGUUACGGGCUAACUGCCUAACUCCAAAAAGUAUGUGUAGCGAGGCGAGCCAGCCGCUAGGUAUGUAAGCCUGAAGUUACUUAUUAGAGGUGUGCCGAUCCGAAUCCGAUCGGAUUCGUUCGGAUUUCGGAACAAAAAUAUACAUAUCGGAUCGGAUUGAUAAAGUUGUUUUGUAGUCGGAUCGGAUCGGACUUCGAUAUUCGAAAUAAAAUGAAUUAAUUAUCCACGCAUUAUUGCAAGAAUUAAUUAUCCAUGCAUUUUAAUAUCAAAGCAUUAUCGCGGUUUGUCGCUGCAUUUUUCGUUUGAUACUUCAAUUGGGCGUCAAUUUGUCCGCUUCUUGACAUGUAUUUCUUGUUUCUAUAUUGAUUUGGUUAAACCACAGGUGGCCCAAUCUCAGAAUGAAUGAUCAGGUGUUGCGGGUUUUUAACGGUUUUUAUAAACAAAUUUUAAAUAGUCAACCAAAACUAUUCUAAAAACAUUCUCAAAUUGGU